CCUCGGGCUGCUAAUUUGCUGGACACACAGAGCCCUGUUCUGUAACCUCUCCUUAGGUUGUGGGUCCGCGCUUCCGGCAUCUUUUUUAACGACCGGCCGCUGUGCUCCCCAUCCCGAGGAGUCUCUCUCAGAAGCGCAUCCUGCUUCUCGGAACACGCGGAAAGCUCUCUGGGCAUCGGAAAACCCCGAGUUCUCUCCGGCGGUGGCACUUGCUCUCACGGGACGCACUGCAAGGACUGAACAUCGCUUCCACCUCAUCCCCAUGACCUCAUUAAGACCCUCCAGUUGCACCAGCCGUGGAGCGUUGGGAAUUUGAGGCAUGUCAGGUUUAAGACUAAGGAAAUCAGGUCCGCUCUUGAAUUAAGACUUCUUUCCACACACUGUUCAUACCAUUUCCCACCAUCAUUUUUCUUUUAUCUUUUUUUAAAAAAAGAUUUUAUUUAUUUAUUUGACAGAGAGACAGAUCACAAGCAGGCAGAGAGAGAGAGAGAGAGGAGGAAGCAGGCUCCCUGCAGAGCAGAGAGCCCGAUGCGGGGCUCGAUCCCAGGACCCUGAGAUCAUGACCUGAGCUGAAGGCAGCGGCUUAACCCACUGAGCCACCCAGGCGCCCCUCCCACCAGAAUUUUUCAAUAUUUUUCUUAACCUGCUUAGCUGAAUGUGCCCCAGCCCCUGACAAAGGCCACCGUCAGCCUCAGCUGUCACCGCUGAGCGACGGAAUGGGUGACCCCAGCCCAUCCUGGCCUCACAGUCCCUCCCUGCCGCAUCGGCUGCAGAGUGGACUUGUGGCAAGUGGAAGAAAGUCAAAAUUUAUCGUUUGCACCAAAGGCUGCAAGUUUACGGGGUGGCCGGGGGCGUUGCUCAGGAGCAGCCGAGUUUUCUUCCGAGGUUGUGUCUCUGGUUGCCGACGACGCGGGGCGCAGCGCAGCCGCUCGCCGGUCCAGCACCUCGGGCAGGUCCGCGGGCUCCCAGCCGGCUCGCGCGGUGUCGGUGAUGCCCAGGCCGGACUCCCGGGCUCCCUGCGGAGUCUCCUCCCCGCGAGGGAAGGCGGCGGCCGGUGCGGCUGCCUGCAGGCCAGGCUCCGGCUGUGUUUUCUUUUCAGUGUGCCCUGGACGUCCAGGAAGGGGUCCGUGUCCGCGAGAUGCCGCUUCCAUCUGCUUCGAGAAGCAAACUGCAGAGCACGCGCCCCAGUUUCUGGUUCCGGGCAUUCCUCGGCCGGGCUCGUGCGCGUCCCCCCCCACCCCCCGGCCCCGACGUGGUGCCCACGCGCGUCUGCACCGGGCGAGUCCUCCGUGUCGGCGGCGGCCGGUCCCCCGCGGCCCACCCCGGGCGCGCCGUCCCGAGCCCCGAGGCGGUGGCGGGGUGCAGAAAGCUGGGGCGACCCGCGCGGGCACGACCGCAGACGCGGGGCUGGUGCGCGGGCGGACGGGCGCGGCCGAGGAAACAGAACCUGCGCAGGACCCGCGGCAGGUCCCCGUCUCGGCCUCCCGGCGCGCCGGGCCUGA